AGCAUGGGACGGUACAGCGGCAAAACGUGUCGGCUGAUUCUGAUGCUCGUCAUCACCGUGAUCUUUUUCGUGGCGGAGAUCGUGGCGGGAUACAUGGGCAACUCCAUCGCGCUGGUGUCGGACUCCUUCAACAUGCUGUCGGACAUUCUGUCGCUGUGCGUCGGGCUGACGGCGGCGCGGGUGGCGCGACGCGCCGGAUCAGGACGCUGCACGUACGGGCUGGGUCGCGCGGAGGUGGUCGGCGCGUUGGCCAACGCCGUGUUUCUGGCCGCUCUCUGUUUCUCCAUCUCCGUGGAGGCGCUCAAGAGACUCGCCCGGCCGGAGCCGAUCGAUGACCCGACGCUGGUUCUGAUCGUGGGCUCGUUGGGUCUGGCGGUCAAUGUGCUCGGGCUGCUGAUCUUCACGGACUGCCGGUGGUUGUGCGCGACGCGAGAGAAGAACGCCAAAGACGCUUCCGAGCAACGCGACGCAGAAGAAGCAGCACAUUAACAUGUUUGUGAUGGAGCUUCAGUUCUGCACUCCACACUUGUCCAUUAUCCGUCCGCAGGCAGACUGUCCCAGCAGAGCACUUCUCCUGACCACGAGGAAAAGUCUGCGAAUGAUGGACCUCCUCUGAACAUCAGAGGUGAUUUUCAGAAGAUGAUGGGUUGUCAGUGAAUCAGAUGAGCUUUGUG